AUGGAAGGCAGUCAGGGGGGUCAUGAACUGCCACAUCCUCAUAAUUACACUUCCUGGAAAGAGUGUUUUCAUGAAAAGGUACAGCAAAGGUGUCUGAGUCUGCAGGAGACAAAGAUGAGGUUGGUUCAAGCACAAAAGGCAGAAGAAGCAAAGGUGAGGAGGAGAGAAGCUGGGGCCUGCCUGGCCAGAGAGUGGUACAAUGAGGAGGAGAAGACACUCGACACUCGCCUCUAUUUGCUCGACAACCUCCUCCCUACAUUAAUCCCAGGAACAGAAAAUUUGUUAAUGGCAGUGGAAAGAAACCAUGUGCUUGUAUCAGACCAAGAACCAGGCAGAUUUAAGCCCAUUAAUUAUCUUGCAGAAUACCUGAUGAGGCAUAACCCUCAGUACAGUGUUCCUACAAAACCAGGCCCAUACCUGAGAGAAAUGGAGGUGGUCUCGGAGGAGCUCAAGUCUUUGAGGCAAGGUACAACAUCCCAGAGGCUGGUCCAGAUGAGGGCUGAGGCAAAAAAGAUACAUGAGGAAAGGGAGGAGGUGGAAAGACAGAAGGCUGAGGAGACAGCAAGGAGAAAGGAGGUGUUGGCAGCUCUGUUCAAGGAGUGGACAGUGGAUGGCCAUGAAAGAAUCCCAGCAGCACUGGUUCAGAGUGCCUUGAGGUGUUUUCCAGAUGUCACUGAUUCUAUCCCUGAAGAUAUGAGAAAAGCAACCCAUGACAGGAAGCUGAAAAUCUUGAACACAUUGGAAAAACCAGUAUACCUAGAUAAGUUCACAAAGCUUAUCCUUUCCUAUGCUGAACAUGUUUCAAGUGACAAGUUCCAAGAAAUCGUGGAAUAUCUCCAUAAGUGUGCUGAGGACUUCCAAGAAGCAACAAAGAAUGACACACGGAGGCAAAUUUUUAUUGACCUCUUCCAAGUUUGUGAUCGUGGAAAGGUUGGUGUCUUGGAUAGACAAAAAAUACUGGCCCUGCUGAGACACUUCUAUGACAGAAGGUCCGCGAGUCAUAAGUGGGAACUGUGGAACCCCAGAGAAUGGCCAAUAAUUGAGCUGCAAGAUAUUAAUCUUAUGGAUUUCUGGGGAAGCCUUGGUGACCAGGAAGUUUGUGAGGAAGUCAGUGAAAGUUUGUUCUUGUCUGAAACGGAAAUUUCUGAGGCAGAGAUUUUAGGAUAUGAAUCUAUAGAUGAUGAUAGGCAAGAGACUGACAGAAUGAGCACCAGUGUUACAGAAGAAGUUGUUGAAGAAAUGGACAUGAGUGAAACUGAGACUGGAGGAAUUUCCAAGGAGGAAAAUGAAGGAGCAGAGCCAAGUGCUUCUGAAGUGAGCAAGGAAGGUGAGGAUGCCAUGUCAGCAGUGGAAAGCACUGGCCUUGAAGCUGCUGAUUUGGAUGGAGAACCUGGAUCUGGAAAACCAGAGGAAUCCAUCCUGGGCAGUGAGCCUGAGACAGAAACAAAACCAGAAGAUUAUACCUCAGACAGAGAAGCUGGAUCAGAAGGGCAAGUUAGUCAAGAGGACAGUGGAGUUACAGGGAUAUCACCUGAAGGUACAAGCACAGCCUCAGGAGAGGGAGCUGUGACAGACACGGACGCCACUGACUCCCAACAGGCUGGGAAAGAAACCUCUGCAAGCAACGAGAGCCAGUCUGACCAACAGACAAGCUCAGAGAUAAGACUGCAUGACCAGGAGCUGCUACACGGUGCUUUCUGCCUUUCAGACUCAGGUUCCGGUGUGGCAGAGAUUCAGAACCAUCAGGAUUCUUUUAUGAAGAGCUUUGCUGCAAGCUGCCUCACCCUGCCACAGUUUGUACAGCUCAUGGACAAUUUUGUUGGUGAAGACAUUUCUGUGCCUACUGUGAAGAGGCUUACUGCAUUUAUCAAAAGAGAAUACAAACAGACAGAAGAGGAAAAAAUUAAACAACGAGAAAGAGUUCACCGCAUGUCUCACGUGGCCCAAAGGAAACAUCUUUUGGAGGCACUGUUUGAAAAGUGGGACAGCAAAGCAUGUGGGUCCCUGGACCUGGAAGAGGUGAUUGCUGUUCUGAGCACAUUCAAGGGACACAAGGGAAAAGAGGCCUUGAUGAAGGCAAAGGAAGAGCUUUGCUCCCGAUACCCACAGCUCAGUAAAGUGGGGAAGCUAUCCCCAAAGGCAUUCCAGAUUUUCCUUGAAUUAAUUGCUUCCAAGUUCACUGGCAAUGAGGAUGAAACUAUGGAUAACUUGGUGAGUUUCCUGACCACAAGUGUGGAACAAAGUCACAUCAAGAGCUUGCAAAGCUCAGCCAGGAGGAAAUGGCUGCAGGAUAUCCAGAAAGCAGCUGAGACCAGCGGAACAAACAUGGAACCAGUGUACAAAGCAGUGAUCAAGGCCCUGUACCAGGACAUGGAAGCCCACGGGAAUAACAAGACAAUCAGUGCAUACAUUGCCCUUUUGGAAGAGAACCAGCUCUCCCCAGAGCAGGGACAGGUUCUCCUGCGCUACGUGGCCUGCACUGCAGACAAUGCUCCCUACAUCCUCAACCGAGUACUGCACAGAGACAUGAAAGGAAUCAGCUUUGCAGCCAUUGACCAGGGAAAGCCAAUCUAUGUUCCAAGAGUUCAGCACCACGGAAACAUUCACUUCUGGAGCUCUGAUGACCAUGAGGAGGACAAGAAAGGUUCACUCCUGGUGCUGCCCCUGCAUGAUGCUCAUUGGAGAGUUUUUGGUGUUCUAGGACUUGACACUCUUCGGGACCAGAGUCAUACAUCCAUCUUUCUGACCCAUGAGAUCACUUUCUAUGAGGGAGUUUGCCAUGCAUUCAGCAAAGCCUACCACCACAUCUGCAUGCGGGAAAAUGUCCUCCAAGUGGCUGUCACUGCUCUGGACUGGUUGUAUCCCAGGACACCCAGCAUCCACGCUGUCACAACCUAUAUGGUGGAACCUGGCACAGACAAGAACUAUGCUCUGUGCAAGAUGAUCACUACAGAUAACACAGGACAAAAGGAAAUCCACAGGUCUCCCAUUGUUCUCCUCAGAGAGGAAAACCUCCUCAGAGAUUACCUGUUCAAGUGCACAGACAGUUCAGAGGUCACUCUCACUUCUAUCUAUGGAGAACACCACAUUGCAGUACCUCUCCAUGACCUAUCAAGACAAACUCUCGGCAUAUUUGAUAUCAGCAUCAGCCAGCACAAGAAAUUACCGCCUCAGGAACAGAAAGACCUGCAGAAAAUGCUAAAGAUGGCCCAAGCUGCCUGCUCAGAGAUCCUGCAGAGGUCUCUAGAGGAAAGAGAACCAACACAAGUGCUGGAGGCAGAACGUGUGACAAAUGUGAGGCACGCAGGGAUUCUGUUCCACCGGUUCAUGCUGCAGGAGCUGCGUGAGUGUGUCCUGAAACUCGGUGCUGAGAGCUUUGAUGGAAUAAAGAGCUGUGCAGAGCCCCCAGCUCUGGUACAUGAGGUAGUUAAGGCUGUGCUGCUGCUUUUGCAUCCAGACUGGAAGGGCUCAGAGGAGAUUGAGAGCUGGAGUCAGUGUAAACUGAAACUCGAUGACAAUUUGAUUCAGGAGAUUUAUUGCUUUGAUCCAACUGCUUCAUCUGUGCAAGUUGAAGCAGAGCUGCUGCUGGACCUCAUCAUUGGUGUCCCUCAAGCAGCAGAGUGGCAGCAGGACUCUGCUCCAGCCCAAUACCUGUACCAGUGGCUUCACACCUGCCUGGCGCUCGUGGAGAUCACAAAGAGCCAACACACUGAACAAAACCAUCCUUAGCCCCUUUUGGUAUCUACUGUGCCUCCAAUUAAAUCUCUUAAUUUCUCAUCUAA